ACGAUAGAAUCAACAAAUUUGAUGCAUUUCGGCUAAGCACCUACAGAUUCAGGUCACUAUCAUCAAGAUGUCAUCAAGCAAGGCAGAUCCAGUUAAUGCUACCGAAAAUGUUAAAGAAGGAGAGAAGGAUUCAAAGCCCAGCACGUCGAGCGAAGAGCUUGAAAACAAAGCUUCAAACAGCAACAGUGGCGCCUCAAAUACAACACGAGAGCGAUUGGAAAGGUUCAAGGCGCUGAAAGCCCGCGCAAAAAGCGCCACCGACAGCAACUUGAAAGAGACCAUAGCCGAGUCCCAACGACUUGCCACAGAUCCCGCCUUGCUUUCCAACCUUUCACGCAAGCAUGCAUUCGCAUCUCAUAAUCUACUGAAAGCCGAUACUGAAGAAGCCGGCGAGGACUUUGAACGCAAGCGAGCUUGGGACUGGACGGUUGAAGAGUCCGAACGAUGGGACAGACGUAUGGAAAAGAAGCAACGACAUCGCGAUGACGUGGCUUUCCAAGACUACCGCCAGGAUGCUCGUAAAGUAUAUAAACGGCAACUACGCGAAAUGCAGCCUAAUCUAGACGCAUACGAAAAGGAGAAAAUUGCCGCUGUGGAGCGUGCGGCUGCAAGUGGUGGAUUGGAGAUUGUGGAAACGAAUGAUGGCGAGCUUGUUGCGGUGGAUAGAAAUGGGACGUUUUAUUCUACGGCUGAUUCAACAGACUUCACUGAGAACAAGCCUGAUCGCGCGGCAGUUGACAGAUUGGUCGCUGAUUUGAGGAAGGCGGAAGAAGUUCGAUUGAAGAAGCGACGAGAUCGUCGCGGUGAGGAAGAUCCUGAUGUUACGUACAUCAAUGAAAAGAACAAGCAGUUUAACCAAAAGCUUGCUCGGUUUUAUGAUAAGGUGAGAGCGCUUCUUUUCUAUUCAAGCUGCUUAUUCUAACAACAUUCCUAUAGUACACGAAAGAGAUUAGAGACAGUUUUGAGCGUGGUACAGCAUUGUGAGCGGAGUAUCUCUUUGCAAAACAAUCGAAAUAUAUCCGUUUAUUGUAGUUGGACCUAUUCGACGAUUUAGAGCAUACUUUUCCGCCAGUUUUUGGUCGCCAGGGUCUCAAUCUUGUUCGUUCCAACCACACCUUUUACCGACUCGUCCGCAAUGGAUUCUACAACCGCUUGCGCGACGACAUCUGCUUUGAGUGGCUUCUCAACCAUGGCUCCUGCAAGAGUUUUAAGGCGUCCUCCAAGGAGAGCAUCCACUUGGGAACCAAUUAUUCCGUUCAAUGCAAUGGGGAGAGUGAUCUUUCUGCUGGAAUCAUAAAGAAAUCCUGGGCGGAUAAAGAUACUUCGAAGAUCGGGUAGGGACGACGAUAUGAUGGCUUCAGCUUCUCUUUUGGUAGAUAUAUAUCUGCCUGGGAGUAUUGGAGCGCCGGCGGCAGCGGAAAUGUAGACGAAAGUGGGAACAUGUUCAAAGGAGGACUCUUGCGCAAGGGCGAUUGCUAUAACGAGUAUCAGUUCUGUCCGCUCUCCAGUCUAGAAGAUAAUGCAUGCCUGUAUCUCUAUUCAUAACCUCGUACGUCAACUGCCCAUCCCUUUCCUGUGGCCUCAACUCUUCCCCAGCCGCUCUAUUCAACGGAUCCUGAGUGCCCCUCUUCGUCGAACUAAACGCCCUUUGUAAACCGGUGAUAAUCGACUCUUUGCCCUGCACAACACCCUUGUAAUCCGCCUCCAGCAAUAUACCCAUCGAAUGCACAACGGCCGUCGCACCUUUGAGGAAUGGUUUGUAUGUAUUUGGUUUGAGAAUGUCGGCUUUUGCCCAUUCGACUUCGCUGGCCCAUCCAGGUCGUUCUUUGGAUGCGGUUACGGUGUCCCAUUUGGGUUCUCCGGAACGACU